AUGCCGGCAGUGGCUGCAGCCCCAGCCAGAGCCAUUGGAGGUGGCCGAGAGCAGGGAUAUGCUGGAUUUAUGGCCCGUCUCAUGAUGUGUUUAUGGGACCCCGUGGCAGGGCAGGGUCCUGUCCUGUCCUGUCCGGUCCUGCCCGGUCCUGUCUGGCCCUGGCGCUGCUUUGGUGCUGAGCCCCCCGCGUCACGUAGCAGCCACCACAGAGCAGGCAGGGGCCGGAGAAGGGACUCUGCUGCCCGCCAGCGCCGCUCAGGGAACCAGGGCAGACGGUGCCUCUCCCCAUGGCAGCCAGGCCCCCACAUAACGCCAGCCAAACUGGACACCCCGGUCCCACGAGAGACCCUCCCCAGCCAGAGCCCACCCGCCUGCCACCUCCAGCCCAGCCCGGACUCACCUGUCACUGCCUGUCCCCACAGCAGCCCCGUGUCCCCCCGGUCAGACACGGGCACACGCCGCGAUGCCGCGACCAUCACCGAGCUGUGCAGCGAGGAUGUCCCCGAGGUGGAGAUCAUCAGCCUGCUGGGCGAGCAGCUGCCCCGCUACACGCUGCGGGCUGACACCGUGUUCGGCUACGACCACGGCGACUGGCUGCGAGCCCCCAGCGGCCCCCCGCAGCCCGUAGCCCCCCUCACCCCCCAGCAGAUAGAGGAGACCCUGCAGUAUUUCCGUGAGAGCCCGGGGCCGGCGGGGUUGGUGAGGGUGGUGGGCACAGGCCCAGUGUCUGUGCGGGGUCGUGAUGGCGAGGACAGGCUGGGAGCUAAUCGCUGCUAA